GCUAAUCACUUCCCACUCCGUCCCAAGCAGCCUGGCAAGUCGCUGAAUCUCUGAAUGUCAAGGAGAGGAGCAUUUGUGGAUAUUGUGGCGCUGCUGAAAAUGGGGUCGAUUUUGGCCCUGUUUCUACUGCUCUUCAUUCCAAUAGGAUGUUUGGCACAAGGAUGUCAGGUAGCCAAUGAAAGAGUGGAGAUUAAGGAAAACAACCCUGUGGGUUACGUAGUGACAACAAUAGUCAUAGACCCUGAUUAUAUCAUGACGGUCUUCGACAACACUGAAUGGUUCGAGAUUAAAGGCACAGAGUUGCUACUGAAGAAAUCCCUUGAUUAUGAGGUUGAAACAACACUCGAUGUUUCUCUCCAUUGUAUUAGGAAUGGCAUAACGGAGAAGACAACGAGGGUUUAUGUCACAGUGCUAAAUCUCAACGACAACGCUCCAACGUUCAAGCAAAGCGCAUACAACUUCACCGUCCCGGAGGAUGCCAAGGUGGGCACUUCCAUUGGGCAUGAGAUAACAGCAGACGACCUUGAUAUGGACACGAUCUUUUAUAAACUGUCAGGACCAAUUCAGGCUGCAACAGAUCAUUUUAGGCUCAGCUCUGUCAAUAACCCUAUUAUUUUGGUGAACCAGUCCCUGGAUUAUGACAAUUACAAUUACACACAGCUAAUCCUGACUGCCCGGGAUACUCAAGGUGAGGGAGUGAAUGGUUCACACACGGCCACUGCAACUAUAAAUAUAGAAAUAUCGGAUGUGGAUAACAAACCACCACUAUUUCUGCCCUGUCGGAAAGUUGGAGUCAUCUGCAUCAAUGAUGGAUACACAACUAAUGUAACACGAUCAGAAAAAGUGACAGGGGCGCUGGAUUUAAAACCAGCUCCAUUAUAUGCUAUAGAUGGGGAUACCGGCAUUAAUGCUCCCAUUGAGUAUUCCCUUGUUACUGAGAAUACUGGAGGAAUAUUUGCUGUGGAUAGUGCGAGUGGAAAUAUAACGAUGACCAGAGCAGCAGAUAAUUUGGGGAUAAUAUUGUUGCAGAUUAUGGCUGCCCAAGCUGAUGAUUUGCUGAAAUAUGCAACGACCACGGUGCAGAUUGAAGUUGUGGAAAAAAACAACCAUCCUCCAACGUUUGAAAAGAAAAAUUACUUAGGAACAAUCCCGGCUCACUCUGCCAUUGGCACAUUAGUUACCGAUUCCAGUAGCCCCAACAGACCCCUACAAGUGUUCGCUGCGGAUGGAGAUUUUACAGAUAGGAUUAAUCCAUUUUUAACAUAUGCAAUCAAUGGCACAACUGAUUUCACAGUGUCCCGGGAUGGAUAUAUAAAAAAUAAUGCUUUAUUUAGUUCUCCGGCUACAAUAAGAUUUUCUGUAUUGGCAGAAGACACCACAACUGGAGAAAAGGACUCCACUGAUGUCGUAGUAGAAAUCACUCCGAGUGUAGCACCCACAACAGUUACUACAACUACAACUCUGGGACCAGGUACCACUACAACAUCUGGAACAGGCCCCACUACUACAAAAUCUCCAGGAACAGGUACAACUGCCACUACAACUCCUGGAACAGGAACCACUACAACUACAACAUCUGGAACAGGCCCCACCACUACUAAAUAUCCAGGAACAGGUACAACUGCCACUACAACUCCUGGAACAGGAACCACUACAACUACAACAUCUGGAACAGGCCCCACCACUACUAAAUACCCAGGAACAGGUACAACUGCCACUACAACUCCUGGAACAGGAACCACUACAACUACAACAUCUGGAACAGGCCCCACUACUACUAAAUCUCCUGGAACAGGCCCCACUACAACUACAACUCCUGGAACAGGAACCACUACAACUACAACAUCUGGAACAGGCCCCACUACUACUAAAUCUCCUGGAACAGGCCCCACUACAACUACAACUCCUGGAACAGGUACCACUACAACUACUUCUCCAGUACAAGGAACCACAACAACUGCCACUCCUGGGACAGGUACCACCACAAGCACCACUCAUGGGACAGGUACCACUACAUCUACAAUUCCUGGAACCGGUACCACUGCAACUACUUCUCCAGGAACAGGUACCACAACAAGUACCACUCCAGGGACAGGUACUACUAUAUCUCCAGGGACUGGUACUAGUACAACCACUUCUCCAGGUGCAGAUACCACCACAACUACUUUACCAGGGAUAGGUACUACUACAACCACUUCUCCAGGGAUAGGUACCACAAAAAAUACUACUCCUGGGACAGGAACAGCUACUACUAGAUCUCCAGGGACAGAAGGAGAUAAGGUACCAGGAGGUGGUUACAGUGCCACAGAUAUGGCCGCCCUGGGAGCCACCCUGGGAGUGAUUCUGGCCUUGUGCUUAGCUGGACUUGGAUUCCUCAUCCAUAAGCAUUACGGAGACCAAAUAAGAAACAGGAUGAGCAAAAGCUCUGGCGAUAACUUUGGAGGUUCUGAAGACAGGACUGAACAGCUCAUAGAUGAUGAUGAUGAUGCAGAUGAUCCUAAUUCUGGUUCGGCUGAAGUAAUGCCUACCAGUAUCAGUUAUGGUGUUGAGAAUACCGUUUCCAAAGAUCCAUUUGUACCAGAUUUAGUUUUAGGGGCCUCUACUGCAAAUGUAUUUGCAAACGCGGAGCCAUCAAAUGUUCCUCAUGCCGAGAAGCCAGAAGAAGGCUCUGACCCAGAUGACAAGAAAGAAGUGAAAUCCAUCCUCACAAAGGAGUUUAAGGAAGAUCCAGGAUAUAAAUCUGUGUGGUUUAGGGAAGAUGCCACACCAGAGGUUGUAGUGAUUCAGGGGGUCGAGGAAGGAGAAGCUGAUGAUGGUGAAACUGAGGAAGGAUAUAACCAAGAUGAUGAUGAUGAUGAUGAAGACCAACUAAGCCCCAACUUCCUUGGAAUGAACAAUGAUAAUAAUUACUCUGAUAAUUUCUCCCAACUUUAAAUAUAGUCCCAUACUACACACUAUCUUGACUAUGCCAUGUGUUGGCUUUAAACAUUGGGGACCAGGUGAAUUUACAUUGGUUAGAAGGCAUUUGAGAGGUACAGGUAUGGGAUCCAUUAUCCGGAAACCCGUUAUCCAGAAAGCUCCAAAAUUAUGGAAAUAAUAGUCUCCAUUUUAUCCAAAUAAUCCAAAUUUUAACAAUGAUUUCCUUGUUCUCUGUAAUAAUAAAACAGUAUCUUGUACUUGGUCCCAACUAAGAUAUAAUUGAUCCUUAUUGGAAGCAAAACCAGCCUAUUGGGUUUAUUUUAUGUUUAUAUGAUUUUCUAGUAGACUUAAGUAUGCAGACCCAAAUUAAGGAAAGAUCCGUUAUCUGCAAAACUCUAGGUCCCGAGCAUUCGGGAUAACAGGUCCCAUACCUGUAUUAUUGACUGCCAAUGUACAUUGUAAUCACCCUAGUAAAAAAUAUUCUUUAAUAACAUUCAAAACUGUCAUUGACGUAAACCAUCUUUAGCUUUACUCCCCUUUCUGACUUGAAUGAGAAUCAGGAUGGUAAAUAUCCUUAUCAAUACCCACCUACCAGUAUAAUUGUAUUGUAAACCAUAGUCCAUAAAGUGGAUAUUCACCUUUAUAAUGACAUGUAAUAUCUUUUAUUUCAAAGCAA